AUGUUCCAGUGUGGAACCUGUUCACAAUCAUUCACCCGCAUUGACCAUCUCGGUCGCCACGUUCGCUCCCACACCCAGGAGAAGCCGUAUCGUUGCUCCGUAUGCAACAAGCGGUUCGGUCGCGUUGACCUGUUGUCCCGCCAUUCAGCUCUUCAUGACCCCCACAGAGAGUCCGCUUCUACGAAGCGGCGGUGCACCGAGGGCAAUAGUGCGCCAAUUCGGGCGUCGCAGGCCUGCGAGGGCUGCGCCGAGAACCACCUCCGCUGCGACGAUGACAAGCCCUGCCGUCGAUGUCUACGGAGAGGGAUCCGCUGCACCUUGCCCACCAGGUCUGUGGAGGGUACUCCACUGACUCCGGUAACCCGGUUAGGGGCAAACACUCCCGGCACUGAUGAGAAUUCACGACCCUCGCCAUUGCUACAGCCACCACAGCCACCACAGCCACAGGUUGUCGGCGGGGCCUGCACAUCACUGGGCUAUAGCAAUCAAACAGAACCGGUGAAUGCGGGCAACCUGUCCCAGCUGGCAGCAGGUCGGACGACUGAUGUAGGAGUAGACUUGACGGAGAGGUCUGAUGCAUUGUUGGGGGCAUAUUCCGCUGUGCUACCUCCAGACCAGGAGGACUCAAUGUCCGAUCUCUCCCCGAUUCCCCGGGGGGGACUGGUGGCAUUUGGCCUAGAGACCAAUCUCGAUUUCAGUAUGGUCGACCUUAGCUUCCUCGAGUCUUACAAUGCACGCGCACCUUUCGAGUACGAAGCGGCCACAGUGUCCACUCUUGCACCAACGGUGCAGACUGUCGAGAACGAGGCCACACAUGCAGAUCACGCAGCAAGAGAGGACCGGUCAAUGCAGCGCCUCCGAUGGCGCUUUGUGCCCGUUCCUCAAGACCAUGGCUAUGCUGAACACGGUAACUUGCUCCUCAGCAGCCAGCCUGGACCGGAUACGCCCCCAAAGAGUCUCCGGAAUCUCGACAUGGGACUCGGUCCUGACAAUUGCCUCGACCUGGCGUCUCGCGACAAGAUCUUGAGCAUCGUGUUGAGCCAGAUGCCACAGCCCUUCUCGCUAAACGCGGCCUCGUUCCCCUCUCCAGAGCUGCUGGAUCGCCUUAUUCGAUACUUUCUAACCGUGCCAUUCUCCAGCGCGGGCGCUUGGAUCCAUCGAAGCACGUUCACACCCAAAAAGUCUCGCCCGGAACUCUUGCUAGCCAUGGCUGCGGCGGGCGCGGUGCUUACUCCCGAUCCGCCCUUGCGGAAGCUCGGAUUUGCAAUGCAGGAGGUUGUCCGACAUCGACUUCCCGCCGCAUUCGAGGCCGACAAUACCCUAGUCCGGGAUCUUGAACUGCACCAGGCGUUUCUCCUAUCUCUCGAGAUCAGCUUAUGGAGUGGCAACAGUCGCAAGAUGGAAAUUUCCGAGAGUUUCCGCUACCCAUUGAUUACCAUGCUGCGACGCCAAGGCCGGUUUGAUGCGGCCAGAUAUCCGCCUGUCAUUGUGCACCCAGUCGACUCAGGCCAAACGCUGGACGAUAAAUGGAGGCUCUGGGUCCGUGAGGAGUCUAUCAAGCGUCUAGUGUACCACUUAUGGCAAUACGACGCACACUGUUCCAUGGUGCUUCUGACCAGCCCCCUUAUCUCCUACGCCGAGUUAUCACUUCCUCUUCCAGCUUGUUCGACUCUGUGGAACGCCCCUGAUGCAAAACAAUGGAAAGAACGUUUCUGCGCCCAGCAGGCUGGGGGGCAAUCCGUUUCAUGCCCAGCGCGUCUCACGGAAUGUGUGUUCAACAUGGAUCUACUUGAAAGUCACCGCCACGAGGUAGACAUGAGGUUGUCCUGCACCGCCGUUCUGCACGCUCUAUGGGGUCUUAUCUGGGAGUACCGGCAAAUGAGUCUGCUUACUAGCAGUACCAACAGCCACAGUACCUCCGUAUUCGCUCCUUCCCAACCCUGGUCUAGCGGCUUGCUCAUGGCGUCGCGGUACCAACAGCUCACUGAUAUGCUAAACUAUUUCGGCAUCGGAUACCGAAAUGAGAACGCAUUAUACUGGCACAGUACCCUGAUGCAUAUGCACAUGUCCCUUGAAGAGAUUCAACUUCUCGCGGUCACACUUGAGCAGUCUGAGUCAGUAGACCGGGUUCCUCCUGCAAUCGAGGCGUGGUCGGGGAGCAAGGAAGGUCGCCAAGCUGUGUGGCAUUCCGCUCAAAUUAUCCAUGAGCUUCGAGCCCUGGCGCCGCAGUGUUUGCGUGAGUUCGCCGCCGUUGCGCUGUAUCAUUCAACCCUGGCACUGUGGGCGUAUGGAAUGGGAGUAGCGAACAUAACCGGCACGUCCACUGCGCAGGUGCCCAUUUUCCUUGACUCCCCGGAAACCGAGCAUGUGCAGAUGUUCAUUUCCUUUGGGCGAGGUCAGCCAAUGCUGCACGGCGAAUCCCUUGAAGACCAUGCCGUAGACUUGUGCGAUCCAACGAAAGUUUUGGCUCUGGCCCUUCAGUUGAUGCACCGUAAUCAUAGCGGCCCCGAUGCCUAUGAACCUCCUCUAGUGAUGAACAUCGUACAUGCUGUGCAGAAGCUACUUGAGGUGACCACAUGGUCCCGGUAG